GCUCAGGUGAUGGGGCUCAUCCAGUAAGCGAGUGGGUGGCACUAGUGGGCUGCUCCUCCUCAGCUCGCCCCAAAUCUGGCCCAGUGCCCCCAUUCCUGGCCCAGGGAUUGGUUUAUUUUGUUUAUAUUAGAUGGGAAAAGACCCCUGCCCAGGGAGGGGAGCUUGGCUGAGGAUCCCUGGGGAUCACAAGGGGUUAUUUGGGGGUGAGCUGAUGGGGACACUUGGAGCAUUCCCACCAUUUAAACCUGGGGUGUCCCAGGUGCUGGGGUCCCUCGGGGGGUCCACAGUUUCUGGAGAUCCGGGGAAGGCAUCACCCAUUCUGGGCGCCUGGGGGAGGCUCCCAAGAGCCAGGGACCCUCGGGUGCUUCCCACUUUCGGAGGAUCUGGGGGUGUCUCAAGUGCUGGAGUGUCAAUCCUGCCUUGUCCACACCGAUGUGGGACCCGGGGGGUUCCGGGGCACCAGGGAGGUGCCGCUCUGAGCACGGGCGCUCCGGGGGUCCCGACCGCGGCGUUCCCGUGGCGGGGGGAGCCGUGCCGUGCCGGGCCGUGCCCGGGGCCGUGCCCGCUCCCGCUGCCUUUCCCGUUCCCGUCCGGGCGGGGCAGCGGCGGCGCUUCCUGGUGCGGGGGGGCGGCGCGGCGGGGCAUGGCGCUGGUGACGGUGCGGCGGGCGGGGGGCUCCGCCGGGGGCCCCGCGGAGGAAGAUGCUCCCAGACGUGGCCAACUGCAGCGACGGCAAAGCUUUGUCAUGGUCAAGGGGGCGGCGCGGCUCCUGCCUGCCGAGGAGCCCCCCCCGGCCGAGCCCCCCCCGGCCGAGCCCCCCUGCCAGGCCCCGGGACAGCAGGAGCAGCACCUGCACCUCAUGAUGCAGCUGCUGCGCCCCCAGGACGCCAUCCGGCUGGCGGUGCGGCUGGAGUCGGCGCGGCCGCGGCGGGUGCGGUACCUGCUGCUGGUGCGGCCGGAGGAGGCGGGAGCCGAGGCCGAGACGGCGCUGCUGGGAGUGGAUUUCACCCACGAGGGGGCCACCCGCUGCACCCUGGGCAUGGUGCUGCCCCUCUGGAGCGACACCCAGGUGUUCCUCGACGGCGACGGGGGGUUCAGCGUGACAUCGGGGGGACAGACACGCAUCUUCAAGCCCAUCUCUGUGCAGACCAUGUGGGCCGUGCUGCAGGAGCUGCACCUCGCCUGCGAGGACGCAGCCCGCGGCGGGCACAUCCCCGGCGGCCCCGCGCUGGCCUGGGCCCGUGGCUACGCAGCGGCGCUGGGCUCGGAGCAGAGCUGCCUCAACGAGUGGCUGGCCAUGGCCGACCUCGAGUCCGUGCGCCCCGCCUCGCCCACGCCCCUCCGGCCAGCCACGCCGGAGCUGUCGGAGCAGGCGGUGCGGGCGCUGCUGCGGGAGGUGAUGGCCACCGCCGACCUGGAGAAUGUCACAUCCAAGGAGGUGCGGGAGGAGCUGGAGCGGCGCACGGGGCACAGCCUGGCCGAGCACAAGGAUUUCAUCGACAACGAGAUGCUGCUGGUGCUGGCGCAGAUGGAUCGGCCUUCCCGUGUCUUCCCGCACCUCUUCCUGGGCUCCGAGUGGAACGCAGCCAACCUGGAGGAGCUGCAGCAGAAUAGGGUCACCCACAUCCUGAACGUGGCGCGGGAGAUCGACAACUUCUUCCCGGCGCUGUUCACGUACAUGAACGUGCGGGUGUACGAUGAGGAGGCGGCUGAGCUCCUGCCCCACUGGAACGACACUUUCCUCUUCCUCUCCCGCGUCCGGGCAGCGGGAGGCCGGGCGCUGGUGCACUGCCGGAUGGGGCUGAGCCGCUCGGCCGCCACGGUGCUGGCCUACGCCAUGAAGGAGUUCGGCUGGCCCCUGGAGCGGGCGCUGCGGCACGUCCAGCACUGCCGGCCCGGCGUCCUGCCCAACCCCGGCUUCAUGCGCCAGCUCGACUUCUACCAGGGCAUCCUGAGCGCCAGGUCUGUGGCAGCCGGCACAGCAGCCUGUGGGAGCCCCGGGCGGCCGAGCAGACACCGCACCCCGAAGAGGACACCGUGAGGGACACAAGUGGCCUGUCCCCGCUGUCCUCCCCGCUGGCGUCCCCGCAGCCCUCCGAGGAGGAGGCAGCCGGUGGGGGUCUGCUGGGGGCCUCCCGGCGCCCCCGCAUCUCCCUGUGCUCUGUCAUGCGGAGCAUCAGCCUGCUGG